UCUCCCCAAAGUGGAUCCAACAUUACCAUGCUACGUUAAUCAGCUCUCGGUAGAACUGAUCACGCAUAUCUUUGCUCUUCUCGAUCCAAUGACAUUGACCGAGAUUGCAAGAGUGUGUCACUACUGGCGUCGCGUGGUCACCGACGAAAGCUGCUAGACGCAUUUCUGGCGUACUUUGGCAUGCUUCCUUACAAACGCUCCAUGCUCAACAGCUGGAAAUCCGAAUACAUUUUCCGUAGUCAUCUCAUUCGGAAAUGGGAGAAAGGAAGAGGCGCUAUCCUUCGAUUCAGCCCAAAGAUCGGUUCCUUGGAUACCAUGUUUGUUGAUUUCGAUCAUGCUUCCAUGGUGGCCGCCAGUGCGGAACAGGGAUUAGCUGUACGGUGCAAUCCUACCACAGGAAAAUUGGACAAACAAUUGCUUUUCAGCACCGAUGAUAAUGUUCCUCUAGGCGUUAAUGCGCUGAAAAUGAACAGUCACCGUAUCUUGUGGGGUUUCAAUGCUGGAUUCAUCACCAUGUCCACUUGCCGAAAAAUGUAUACCGGAAGGCAGCUAAGGGUGUUUUCUCAGUUUCAUCAUGGCCCAGUCACCGCGCUUGCUCUUCCUUCAUUUUCCGAUCAUUCGAUCCUUAGUGCUGGUGAGGACAGCGUCAUCAAGAUCUGGGACACUCGCACUGCCACAUCCAUUGUGAACUUGAACGGUGUUGCGUCCAAACCGGUGUGUCUAAACGUCAGUCCUACGUAUGUCAUUGCAGGCUAUGCGAAUGGGGAUAUUGUCGUGUGGGACAUUGAAUUGGAAAAGGAAGUUGAGCGAUUUGCCGACCGUCUUGAAGAAGCGUACCAGGAUGUUGUCACUGUUCGAGCGACACAGCAAAAUCCAUCGUUUGAACGCCGAGUGAUUUCGGCUCCGGGAAGUCAUGCCUCGGUAACCUGUAUCAAGGACGAUCCAGCCUCUAGCGUAGUGAUUGUCAGUUAUGAGAAUACGCGUUCGGUUUACAAGUAUGAUAUCAAGACGGGUCGACUCUUGGCCACUUUUGGCCACGGACACACGGUCGGGACUGUUUCAUGCAUGAAAUGGGACAUGGCACCUCCAAAGGAAACCGGUUCAUUGAAGCCGUAUUCGAAGCCAAUGGCGGCAAGGAUUAAACGUCAAGGCUCAACCUCCAGUUUUUCCGCGCCAUCCAUCUCGCCAUCAUCAUCAGCAAGUAAGCCGUCCUAUCGAAACAAACGAUUGCUCGUGACAGGUGAUACCGCUGGCACAAUUUGUAUGUGGGACGGCGAUGCGGUGGCGGACAGAGGUGGCAUCGUGAAACCACUCAAGACAUUGUACGGCCACACGGCGGCCAUCAGUGCCCUGUAUGUGGAUGCCUGCAAGAUCGUUAGUGGCGCAGAUGAUGGCUGGAUUCGUAUUUGGGAUCCCUUGACAGGGCUGAACAUCAAUACACUCGGAAACAAGAUUGCCAAACAUGCACCGGUUGAUCGGUCCGAUGUGAACAUUAUGCGAGUAAAGAAUAUCUGGUGUAAUGAUUUCCAAGGAGUGGCGACCAUUGGUCACGAUGUGAAAUCGUGGGAUUUCUCAUCUGAUAAACAACUGCUGGCACGUCGUCAACUCCGUCCCAAAUCAAAGAGUUCAUCGACGUUGUCGGCCAACGUGAGCCAGUAUGAACUUAGGCAGGAACUGAAGGAAUCCAAAGCCACUUUGCAGGAAGAAAAACAAGAACGUGAUCGUGCUGCUAAACUGCUUCACAAGUUAACCUUGGGCGGAUUGUCAGACGAGGAAAUGCUGGAGUAUGCGCUGAUGUUAUCCAAAGAGGAAGCAGCAGAAACAUUUUCGCCAGAGGAAGCAUCGCGAACGACCCCUACGUUUACACAAGAAGAUUACAUUGACGAAAAUGAUCAAGAUCUUGUAAACGCCUUGAUUGCCAGUUUAUCCGUGGACGAUGCAACGGCAACCGAGCCAUCAUCCGCAAAUACACCACCAGAUGCGCCCCAAGCAGCCCCCUGUAUGUCCCAAAUUAGAGCUGAAAGUGCGAAUACCGAGCUAUCCGCGGCAGAUGGGACGCUUCAUGGCGGUCUAUCGAGAGACGAUUAUAUCGAUGAUGAAGAUGACGAAGCACUGCAAUAUGUGUUGAGACUCAGUCGAGGUGAUUUGUAAUCUAUUCCUUCCCUUUGCACUGCCUCAUUUUCUUGUGUUUUUGUUUUUUUUGAUACCUCAACAAGCUAUAUAAUGUUUUUCUUUCUUGCUG